AUGGGAGUCAAGUUGGAGGUGUUUCGGAUGACGAUCUAUCUCACUUUCCCAGUCGCCAUGUUCUGGAUUGCCAACCAAGCUGAAUGGUUUGAGAAUUCUGUCAUACAGCGCAAGAGAGAGCUUUGGCCACCUGAGAAGGACAGUCAGCUGGAAGAAUUCAAAGAGCGGUUACGGAAGCGACGAGAGGAGAAGCUCCUUAGAUCUGCCCAGCAGAGCUCCUGA